UCCUUCUUUGCCGAGUGCGGUGGGGGCGACCUCGCUGGGGCCGGUCGGGCUGGUGGCCCGGGCUCCAUGGCUGGAUGGUGGAGACGGCACCCAGCUGCAGGUUGUUGAGCCGCUGAUGGGACGAUCUCAGGGACCCGCGGUUACGAAAGAAGUGUUUAAAUGUUCAGUAAAUUGGAGGAAAAAAACAUGGAUGUUUAACAACUGAAAACCACAUUAAGGAUUCGAAUUUGGGAUAUUGGUAUUUCUGUUUUGAGGAAUAUUUCUUUUUGGGUUUUUACUUUUUCUUUUUAAUCAUCGGUCUUGGAGUACAGAAGAGGAACCAGAAACACUUAUUGUGAUUCACGUGUGAAACAUUCACUCUUGAGGCACUCACGCCUGACUUCACAACCAUGUGGCCAUCACAGCUACUAGUCUUCAUGAUGCUUUUAGCACCCAUAGCCCAUGGUGGCCAGCACAUUGAGAGACAUCCAGCCCUCGCUGCUCCACUGCGACAUGCUGAGCGCAACCCAGGAGGCGCUCUACCACCCAGACAUCUCCUCCAGCAGCCAGCUGCAGAGCGCGCCACAGCUCAUCGCGGACAAGGGCCCCGUGGAGCUGCCAGAGGAGUUCGUGGUCCCGGUGCCCAAGGAGCUCAGAUCCCAGCCCAAGCUUUCAGCCGCGCCCCAAUCCCGAUGGCUGUGGUCCGCAGAGAGCUUUCCUGUGAGAGCUACCCCAUAGAGCUCCGCUGUCCGGGAACAGAUGUCAUCAUGAUUGAAAGUGCCAACUAUGGGAGGACUGAUGACAAAAUCUGUGACUCUGACCCUGCUCAGAUGGAGAAUAUACGAUGCUAUCUGCCAGAUGCCUAUAAGAUUAUGUCUCAAAGGUGCAAUAACAGAACCCAGUGUGCAGUCGUGGCAGGUCCUGAUGUUUUUCCAGACCCCUGUCCGGGAACCUAUAAGUACCUUGAAGUGCAGUAUGAAUGUGUCCCUUACAUUUUUCUUUGUCCUGGACUACUAAAGGGAGUGUACCAGAGUGAACAUUUGUUUGAGUCUGACCACCAAUCUGGGGCAUGGUGCAAAGACCCUCUGCAGGCUUCUGACAAGAUUUAUUAUAUGCCCUGGACCCCUUACAGAACUGACACCCUGACCGAGUACUCAUCCAAGGAUGACUUCAUUGCUGGAAGGCCAACUACAACCUACAAGCUUCCUCACAGGGUGGAUGGCACAGGGUUUGUAGUGUAUGAUGGAGCUUUGUUCUUCAACAAAGAGCGCACCAGGAACAUAGUAAAGUUUGAUUUGCGGACUAGGAUAAAGAGUGGAGAGGCUAUCAUCGCAAAUGCCAACUACCACGAUACCUCCCCUUACCGAUGGGGAGGUAAAUCGGACAUAGACCUAGCAGUGGAUGAGAAUGGGCUAUGGGUCAUCUAUGCAACAGAACAAAACAAUGGUAAAAUUGUCAUUAGUCAAUUGAACCCUUACACCUUAAGGAUCGAAGGGACAUGGGACACUGCCUAUGAUAAAAGGUCAGCUUCCAACGCGUUUAUGAUUUGUGGGAUUCUGUAUGUGGUCAAAUCUGUAUAUGAGGAUGAUGACAACGAGGCCACGGGGAAUAAGAUUGACUACAUUUACAACACCGACCAAAGUAAGGAUAGUGUGGUGGAUGUGCCCUUUCCCAACUCGUACCAGUACAUAGCAGCUGUGGAUUACAACCCCAGGGACAACCUUCUUUACGUAUGGAAUAACUAUCACGUCGUGAAAUAUUCUUUGGAUUUCGGACCUCUGGAUAGUAGAUCAGGUCAGGCACAUCAUGGCCAGGUAUCUUACAUCUCUCCCCCAAUUCACCUGGACUCUGAGCUAGAAAGACCCCCUGUUAGAGAAAUUUCUACCACAGGACCUUUUGGCAUGGGAAGCACCACCACCAGUACCACCCUUCGGACCACAACUUUGAGUGCCGGGAGGAGCACCACCCCGUCAAUAUCAGGGAGAAGAAACCGGAGUACCAGCACCCCGUCUCCAGCUGUUGAAGUGCUUGAUGACACUACCACGCACCUGCCAUCAGCAUCAUCCCAAAUCCCAGCUCAGGAGGAGAGCUGUGAGGCUGUGGAAGCCCGAGAAAUCAUGUGGUUUAAGACCCGUCAAGGACAGAUGGCAAAGCAGCCAUGCCCCACAGGAACUAUAGGAGUAUCAACGUAUCUAUGCCUGGCUCCUGAUGGAAUCUGGGAUCCCCAAGGACCAGAUCUUAGCAACUGCUCUUCCCCUUGGAUCAACCAUAUCACACAGAAGUUGAAAUCUGGAGAGACAGCUGCCAACAUUGCUAGAGAGCUGGCUGAACAAACCAGGAAUCAUUUGAAUGCUGGAGACAUCACCUACUCCGUCCGUGCCAUGGACCAGCUAGUAGGCCUCCUGGAUGUCCAACUCCGGAACUUGACUCCAGGUGGAAAAGAUAGUGCUGCUCGCAGCUUGAACAAGCUUCAGAAAAGGGAGCGCUCUUGCAGAGCCUAUGUCCAGGCAAUGGUCGAGACAGUUAACAACCUCCUUCAGCCACAAGCCUUGAACGCGUGGAGAGACCUGACGACAAGCGAUCAACUCCGUGCAGCCACCAUGUUGCUUGACACCGUGGAGGAAAGUGCUUUUGUGCUGGCUGAUAACCUUUUGAAGACUGACAUCGUCAGGGAGAACACAGACAAUAUUCAGUUGGAAGUUGCAAGGCUGAGCACAGAAGGAAACUUGGAAGACUUAAAAUUUCCAGAAUCCAUGGGUCAUGGAAGCACCAUCCAGCUUUCUGCAAAUACUUUAAAGCAAAAUGGACGAAAUGGAGAGAUCAGAGUGGCCUUUGUUUUAUAUAACAACUUGGGUCCUUAUUUGUCCACGGAGAAUGCCAGCAUGAAGUUGGGAACAGAAGCUAUGUCCACCAAUCAUUCGGUUAUUGUCAAUUCGCCCGUCAUUACAGCAGCAAUAAACAAAGAAUUCAGUAAUAAGGUUUAUUUGGCUGAUCCUGUCGUAUUCACUGUUAAACAUAUUAAGCAGUCCGAGGAAAAUUUCAACCCCAACUGUUCAUUUUGGAGCUAUUCCAAGCGCACCAUGACGGGUUAUUGGUCAACUCAAGGCUGCCGGCUCCUGACAACAAAUAAGACACAUACGACAUGCUCUUGUAACCACCUAACCAAUUUUGCAGUACUGAUGGCACAUGUGGAAGUUAAGCACAGUGAUGCGGUCCAUGACCUUCUUCUGGAUGUGAUCACGUGGGUUGGAAUUUUGCUGUCCCUUGUUUGUCUCCUGAUUUGCAUCUUCACAUUUUGCUUUUUCCGCGGGCUCCAGAGUGACCGUAACACCAUCCAUAAGAACCUCUGCAUCAGCCUCUUUGUAGCAGAACUGCUCUUCCUGAUUGGGAUCAACCGAACUGACCAACCAAUUGCCUGUGCGGUGUUUGCUGCCCUCUUACACUUCUUCUUCUUGGCCGCCUUCACCUGGAUGUUCCUGGAGGGUGUGCAGCUCUACAUCAUGCUGGUGGAGGUGUUUGAGAGCGAACACUCACGCAGGAAGUACUUCUACCUGGUGGGCUACGGUAUGCCCGCGCUCAUUGUGGCUGUGUCGGCUGCGGUAGACUACAGGAGUUAUGGAACAGAUAAAGUAUGUUGGCUCCGACUUGACACCUACUUCAUUUGGAGUUUUAUAGGACCAGCGACCUUGAUAAUUAUGCUUAAUGUAAUCUUCCUUGGGAUUGCUUUAUAUAAAAUGUUUCAUCAUACUGCCAUUCUGAAACCUGAAUCGGGCUGUCUUGAUAAUAUCAACUAUGAGGAUAACAGACCCUUCAUCAAGUCAUGGGUUAUAGGUGCAAUAGCUCUUCUCUGCCUGUUAGGAUUGACCUGGGCCUUUGGACUCAUGUAUAUUAAUGAAAGCACAGUCAUCAUGGCAUAUCUCUUCACUAUUUUCAAUUCUCUACAAGGAAUGUUUAUAUUCAUUUUCCAUUGUGUUUUACAAAAGAAGGUACGAAAAGAGUACGGGAAAUGCCUGCGGACACAUUGCUGUAGUGGCAAAAGUACAGAGAGUUCCAUUGGCUCAGGGAAAACAUCUGGUUCUCGAACUCCUGGACGCUACUCCACAGGCUCACAGAGCCGAAUUCGUAGAAUGUGGAAUGACACAGUCCGAAAGCAGUCAGAGUCUUCCUUCAUUACUGGAGAUAUAAACAGUUCAGCAUCACUCAACAGAGGAGCCAUGGCUAAUCAUCUUAUAAGCAAUGCUCUGCUUCGUCCGCAUGGUACUAACAAUCCCUAUAAUACAUUGCUUGGGGAACCGGCGGUCUGUAACAACCCUUCUGUCAGCAUGUACAACGCACAAGAGGGGCUUCUGAACAAUGCCAGGGAUACAAGUGUCAUGGAUACUCUACCACUGAAUGGUAACCAUGCCAACAGUUACAGCAUCGCCAGCGGCGAAUACCUGAGCAACUGUGUGCAAAUCAUAGACCGAGGCUACAACCACAACGAGACCGCCCUGGAGAAGAAGAUCCUGAAGGAACUCACUUCCAACUACAUCCCUUCCUACCUGAACAGCCACGAGCGCUCCUGCGAGCAGAACCGGAAUCUGAUGAACAAGCUGGUGAACAACCUGGGCGGCGGGGGGAGCGAAGCGGACGCCAUCGUCCUGGACGACGCCGCCUCCUUCAGCCACGAGGAGAGUCUGGGCCUGGAACUCAUUCACGAGGAGUCGGACGCCCCCUUACUGCCCCCACGACUCUACUCCGCGGAGAACCACCAGCCACACCACUACCCGCGAAGGCGGAUCCCCCAAGACCACAGCGAGAGCUUCUUCCCUUUGCUAACCAACGAGCACACCGAAGAGCUGCCGUCGCCCCCCAGGGACUCGCGCUACACCAGCAUGCCCGCCCUGGCCGGGGUGCCCGCGGCCGAGAGUGUGACCACCAGCACCCAGACCGAACCCCCGCCGGCCAAGGGGGGCGACGCCGAGGAUGUUUACUACAAAAGCAUGCCAAACCUGGGCUCCCGAAACCACAUCCACCAGCUGCACACCUACUACCAGCUGGGUCGCGGGAGCAGCGAUGGCUUUAUUGUCCCUCCCAACAAAGACGGGACGCCGCCCGAGGGCAGCUCCAAAGGACCUGCUCACCUGGUCACUAGCCUAUAGAGGGGACAGGAUGGACGCCACCCGAGCCGCGCGCACCUGCCGGGCCGCCCCAGCUGCUGCCAGCGGUGGGAAGGAUGUGGACUCCUCAGUCUCUAUGCUGUUCUGGAAUGACAACCGCAGACUGUCAGACCUUUUUUAUUUUCUUUCUUUUUUUUUUUAACUGGGAUUUUUAGGUCAGCCCAGGGGAGAAAGGUCACUGCUGAACCCCCCCUGUGCCCUGUCCUUUCCUGCCCUUUCCCCCCUCAGAUGGAGACUUCAUUAUGUUAAUGAACGAGAUAUGAAGAAAAUGGCGCUCCUUGUGGCCUUGUUGAUCAUGUUGUGUUUGUUCUAACAUCUCUGAUGCUCUGUUACUAUAAUGACAAGGACCUGAUUUUUUUUCUGAAAGGCCGGAAGAGUUGUUUGAAAUUAGUAACAAUGCUGCGUCUAGAUUGGAGUGCUGCACAAACAAACAUAAAAGCAAAGCAAAACUGAAUCACAUAGUGGUUUUUAGUCGCUCACCACCUGAGUUCCCCGCAGCAGGAAUAGCUGUGGUAUACAAAAAUCAAACGACACAAUUAAUAACGAAACGGAGGGGAAUUCUAGAAUUAUAUGCUAGAUGCAUAUUUUAUGAUUUGCUGUAUUAACGGAUGAUAAAACUAAUGGCAGAAAAAAAUCGAACAAUUUCCAUGUAAUGUACAGAUACUAGCAUUGCACAUAUAGUCUGCUUUCUGUUCCUCCAGAAUUUGAGUCCUGUUAAUGUAGUGCAAAAAAAAGAAAAGAAAAAAAAAGAGAUACAUUUUCUUUUUCUUUCGUGCUGGUCUUGCAAGUUUGUCUACCAGUAAGAGAGCAAAGUUUCCUUCCUUAUGCUUUUGUUUUCUUUCUUUCUUCAUUUUUUUUUCUUUCCUUUUUUCUUCUUUCUUUUUUGCCUAUUUUCUUUAAAAUGUCACCUGGCAAAAAAAUAAAUAAAUAAAUAAAUAAUAAAAUAAAUAAUAAAUGAACUAUCACUUUAUAAGAAUCAUUUUCUAGUAAUGCAAACAAAUUAUUUUUUACAAAAAAAAUAAAAUAAAUAAAAUUAGACUUCCUUCCGCACUAUAUAUCUUUAUUCAGUCAGAAUAUUUCCAAGAGCAUUUUUGCAAAUUAGAGCAGGACAAACUUUUAUGUUUACGGUGCACAUCUGUUAUAAUGCAAGCAUAUUUGGCAAGCGAUUCAUCACCAUGACAGUAGCUAUGGUUCUAGAAGUCAAGAGAUGUCAAUAGAACUAGUGGGGCUUCUGCAUGUGAAAACAAAAAACAAAAACAUGGUAUCCCAUAGGCAUUAAAGUGCUGAAUGCUCAGUCUGAUCCACAAGUGGGCACCUGCACUACCAAUUUUAAAGGAAAUUCACCCCCUUGUAGUAAGAAUCAAAAGGUCAAGUUAUUUUUAAGUGAUUAAAAAAAAAUCUUCUGUUUGCUAACAGGAACAUUUAUUUAUUUGACAGGAUUUUAAGUAAUAUAGGAAUACAAGAGGUAAAUUAGCAGCACAUAUAAUUUUCUUUUUAAAUUUACGAUCCAUUUUGUAUGGUCUCAAAGUUGGAUGACCUCAUUACUAAUAUUUGUUGUAAAAGUGAAACUUGUUUGCCAACCAAUAAACAACUGAUUGAGAUUUA